GCUAAGGGGGUGGCAGAGAAAGGAGGUAGGGACUUUUGAGUCAUCAGGUGUUCCUCAUGCCACCCGCAGUCCCUGCCAGUUAGCCCUCCCUGGGGAGAUCUGGAUCUGGGAGGUGGAGGAAGCAGAAGCCUUCGGGCUCCCCUGAGUUCUCCCAGCCCCAGCAAGCCCCGGGGGCCCAGACCACAGCCCAGCUGGGUCCAGCUGCUUGAGUCUGGCUGCCCUGCCUGCAGAAGUCCAGUCCUAUGCUGGUCCCAGCCUGUGGCGGCCCUCUUAGGAAGCAUCGGAGGUGAGGGGAAGAAGUAGGCCCUGACCUGGGGCCUCGUGCUGGCCCUGGCCCUGGCCCAUGCAGACUUGGGCCUGGCUUCUAAAAUAGAUCAGCUGACUGCAGCCUGCCAGCCGGGAUUGGCCUGUUUGGCCCUUGAGCUAAGAGUUGUUUUUAUAUUUCUAAAGGGUUGUAAAAAUAAAAACAGAACAAUGUAUGACAGAGGCUGAAUGGAGUCCACAAAGAAAGCCCAAAAUAUUUACUCUCUGGCCCUUUACAGAAGAAGUUCGCCAACACUUGCAGAAAACCCUGAGAGCGCGCUGGGGUAACACAGCACUUGGGUCACCCUAUUCCACGCCCCAGCUCACACAGAGGGGGGAAAGGCCUGCGUUUACAGUGGGGAGGAGUCAGGGCCCGGAGUUGCUGUGCAGCAUUUGGGGGGCAUCUGGGUCAGGCUGGGCACUGCAGGCCUGGGUCUCCAGGGCCUUUCAGCGGCCGAGGCUUGAAGGGGCCUUUGGAGGCUGCUUUCACUCUGCCCCUGGCCGGGCGGGAAGGAAGGGGGUGGGGGUGGGCAGAGGAAACUCUGGGCUCCCCCAGCAGGCGGGGAUCUGGAGGCGCUCCAGACCAUUGUGUCCAGUGGGCAGGCCUUCAGUGCGGGAAGGGGCGGCCUCGAGGCUCCCCUCCCCCCCCCCCCCCCAGCCUCACAUCUGGUGGGCUGGCCCGUCGCAGCUGGGAGGAGCAGCUGUGGUCGAGCCUCGUGACUGGCCUCUGGGGGUGGGGCCAGCCCUCUCCCCAAGGCUGUGGAGCCCAGAGGCUCAGGGCUGGGGCCGAAUGUGGGGCCUAGGCUAGUCGGCUAGUCUCUCGGGCUCACUAGAAAGCUGGAGGUGUGGCUGAAAAACUCGGGAAGCCCAUUCCCUCCGGGGGCCAGCCAUUCCAGAGCCUGCCUCCACUGGAGGCGAGAUUGAGUCUCCGCGGCUCCGUGGGGCGGAGGUCAGCCGGGGAUCGGGACGGGCAUUCCGACAACCCGCGAGGAGAGUUGAAUUGGCGCUGGAGACGGAAAGUGCUGACUUUGGAGAAGGAGGAGAACCAGACCUUCGGCUUUGAAAUCCAGACUUAUGGCCUUCACCACCGGGAGGAGCAGCGGGUGGAGAUGGUGACCUUUGUCUGCCGGGUUCAUGACUCCAGCCCUGCCCAGCUGGCUGGGCUCACACCAGGGGACACCAUCGCCAGCGUUAAUGGCCUGAACGUGGAAGGUAUCCGGCAUCGAGAGAUUGUUGACAUCAUUAAGGCGUCUGGCAAUGUUCUCAGGCUGGAAACUCUGUAUGGGACGUCAAUCCGGAAGGCUGAAUUGGAGGCACGUCUGCAGUACCUAAAGCAAACCCUGUAUGAGAAGUGGGGAGAAUACAGGUCCCUAAUGGUCCAAGAGCAGCGGCUGGUGCACGGCCUGGUGGUGAAGGACCCGAGCAUUUAUGAUACAUUGGAGUCGGUGCGCUCCUGCCUGUACGGCGCGGGCCUGCUCCCGGGCUCGCUGCCCUUCGGCCCCCUGCUGGCUGCGCCCGGGGGUCCCCGAGGGGGCGCGCGGCGGGCGGGGCGCGACGCGGACGACGCCGUCUACCACACGUGCUUCUUCGGGGGCGCCGAGCCGCCCGCCCCGCCGCCGCCGCCGCCGCCCCCCACCCGCGCGCCGGGCCGGGGCCCCGCCGAGGCUCUGGCGUCCGCGCCCCGGGCCGCGCUGAGCCGCAGCGCCAGCGUGCGGUGCGCGGGCCCCGGGGGUGGCGGGGGCGGGGGCGGCGGCGGCGGCGGCGGCGGGGCGCCGGGCGCGCUCUGGACUGAGGCCCGCGAGCAGGCCCUGUGCGGCCCCGGCCUCCGCAAAGCCAAGUACCGCAGCUUCCGCCGGCGGCUGCUCAAGUUCAUCCCCGGACUCAAUCGCUCCCUGGAGGAGGAGGAGAGCCAGCUGUAGGGGCGGGGUGGGCGGGGGAGGUAUUUAUUUAUUUAUUCGUUCCAGCCAGUGCAAAAAGGGGGCGGGGGGAAGGGGCGGGAGGCCGGGUCCCAGGGGACCCCAGGAGCCCAGCGCAGCAGCGGGAGAGGGUCCUUGCCGGCCCCAGCUGGCCUGCCGGUGCCUGGCUGCCUCUGCGGACCGCUGACCCCAGGCCCCAGUACCCUUUACUCCUCCUCCCCUAAACCACAGUGGGAGGCGGGGCAGGGAGAACCAGGCGGGCUUGGGUUGGGAGAGGUUUGGGGGCGUCCAUCCUACAUCUGGGUCAGUAGUGCCUUGUGGGGUGUCCAGGGAAACAACUCCCCUGGAGGGGAGGAACCCUGUCCCACGAAGCCCUCUCCUCAGCUUUACUUGCUCCUCACCCUUGGCCUGGGGCCGCAAUGGCCGAUGGCCGGUGGCCGGUCGCUCGCCCACCCUCCACACACAUACAGAGUUCCAGUUAACCAGCCAAAGGUGCUGGUCCCCCUCCUUCCCGGCCUUGACCCCUAAGGGCUUGGCCCCCUCCCAGGGGCCUAUAACUAAGUUGGGUCCUGCCGGGCAGGGGUCCUGGGUUCUCUAACCCUUGGGGGACAGGAAUGGGCAUGUCCAGCUGGGUGGGGGCAGCACAGACUGUUCCAGCAUUUUGCAUAUUGUUGCUUCUGAACCACAAACUGUAUAAAAUUGAUGGUUUUUUGCA